UCGUUCUGACAGCUGACUUCAACUGACAGCGGGCGAGAAAGAGUGUGAUAAAAAAUAUCUCGGAUUAUUCUAGUCGCUCGAAAAGCACGGGGAGGGGAAGAAUACGUGCAGAAUCCGACAGAAACAACGUUCACCGUGUGCAAUCCGGCCGACAAAACGCAAGUGCAUGCAUAGAAAAUGUCCAGUGAAACCGAGAGCAGCAGUGGCAGUGAAAGAUAAAUCGUUUAUCGAAGGAAAUGCAGAAGAAAAACUUGACCUAAUUUGUUAGUGCACUAACCCACCGAAAGCAAAACGCAAACCAACAGCACCACCACCACCACAUCUUGCGCGUGCAGCUGCAGCUCAACACGGAAACAGGGAGAAGGUCGAAGACGGCUAGCAGACGGUGUGCAGAAUAGUGACCGAUUCGCGGAGGAGUUUGCCAGUGGCAUAGCGCAGUGCUGCAACAGCAAACCGUGCCGACAGUGUGCAGUUCAUUCAUACAAUCCUUCUACAACAGCGCCGAGUGGUGGCUUCCUUGCCAGGUUCAUUAGAAGGAGCAGAGCGGAAAGUUUACAGAAGCCUGUAACUUUAGCCGGUUGGAAAAUAAGGAAACGCUCAGCUCAAUACAGGAAAAGUACGACAGCGAGCCGACGUGUUAGUGCCAGCGUAACAUGUCCGAGCUUUCGGUCGAACCGAAACGGUUAAGUCCCAUCGACGAGCUGAUAUCGCCCACCGUUCGCGUGAUCCGGGAGGUGUACGAAGGUGAAAAUGCACACGAAAUGUUCCAGUCCGACCUCAACAAAGCACUGUUCGAUAAGGUGCGCUUCAUCGUCAUCGAACCGACGCGGCUCGGCGAGGAAACGGAACGAUGGAUUGCGGUCGGCAACUGUCUGCACAAAACCGCCCUGAUUAGCGGGACCGCAUCGAUAGCAAUCAGUCUCAUCUGGCGGGAAAAACUCACAAUCUACAGUGCUUCCUUUUGCGCCGUAUCGAUGUUCUGCACAAGCCUGUACGCCAUCUGCUGGACCUGCGAUCCGUGCGUCGAGUAUCAGGUGGAGCGUAAGCAGCGAAACCUCAUGAAAAUCCCCGUCCCGGAAGGAGCAUCCUCGCCGGUAGUGCUGGUGCACAAGGGCAAUCGGCUCGCCACGUACAGCCACCGAAUAGUGACCACCCUGGCGGCGUCCGUCUGCGUCUGGACCAUUUAUAGAGCAUUGAAAUAGGAGAGCGAAGAAAUGAUUCAAAUCGAACGCAACGUCGUUGGUGGUGGUGGUGUUGGUGGUGUUGGUGGCGUUGGUGGCGUGCGUUCCGUAUUCCAUUGCCCUUGUACUCGUUGUUACACUACUAUCCGCUUCCGAUCGAAGAGAUGUUGGCAAAAAAAAGUUAAACGUGUGCUGGCGGAGCAAGAGAAAAACCACAACACUGCCACUAAACUGCAAAAACACGGUGGUGGGGUGAGUGGCGAUGAAGCGGAAACGAUCAAACAGUAAUCAGCCAAGCGAAGCGCACGUGUGCAGCACCACCUUUUUAUCUGUUAGAUUAGGUGUUAGUAUAUCCUUUCCUUCCGAAACCGUCGGAAUGUUAAAUGUAAUAAGAGACGCAAGGCGCUGUUGUUGCCGAUGGUUGAAGUGUUGGAAUGCUCAAAAGCGCAAAUCACCACGUAACAUUGUUGUAGAAAUUGUUGGUGAAGAGUACGAAUUGUCCGCGCUCUAAUUGUGACUGAUAUUAUACGUAUAUCGUGCUGCAGUUGAUGUCGCUUUUGGUCGGAGUCUGUUGUGUGCAUGGUGUGUGGGUUUUGUUUAGUAGUGUAAUAGUGGGACGCGCGCAGGCGAUAUCGACAUGCUUGCCAAAGGAUCCUAGGAAGCCAUGAUCAAAGAUCGCAAAAAGGACGGACAUCAUGAAAUGGCGCAAAGAUAUGGGAUUGAAGAAAUUGUUUGCAUUUGUUUCUAUUAACACAAACCGGAAAGCAACACGUUAGAGCAGAGAUAGACACAUUUGGCGUUUUAUUCUAGGUCUGUUUUCUUGUUGUUUUAGUGCGCUUUUAUUUUCUAUGAAUUCUUCGUUACAUCUCGAACUGUGUCUAUUUAAAACCUGUUUCGUAAAACCUAUUGUAAGAGAUGGGGCGGCGGCGGGAUGGGGUCAAAGGUACGUUCUAUGGGCGAGACUGGAGAAGGAAAAAAGACGCUUUUUAGACUAUUGAACCGGCUACUGGAGAAAAUCGAAUAGAAAAGGCUGAUUAGGUGGCUCACACCCUAACACGUUGGGGAAGAUAGAGACAGAGGGCAUGAUGAGGAGGAUGAA